CCAUGAGCAAACAUUUUGAUUGCCACACACAUAGACCCGCGUUUUGAAGUCGGUUUAAUAAUACAUUUCUGCGCAUAGUUUGUCAAUGUUCAACCAGCUGAUUGACCAACACCACAGACAAUCAAUCGGCAGAGUAAUGUCCAAUAUAAUUGUAUUCAACAUUUAUGACAGACAAGUUGUGUGACAGCCAGUGUGUCAGCCAGUGCCUCCAUGACCCAGCAGCUCCUUGUCAGGUCUCGUCGGCCUAAGCCCUUCCGGGUCACCAGCGCUGACCGCAACGUUAAAAAGGGAAUCAUGGCUAAUGGGCUGCGAGACCUUCUCAACAAGGCAAUGGACUCUCUGCACGUGUCCUGUGUCAGUGCCCUGGUGCUGGAUGAAGGCGGGACGGGGGUGUACACUGAGGAGUUCUUCCUGACCCUUCAAGACAACGCUGUCCUCAUGGUCCUGGAGAAGGGGCAGAAGUGGGCGCCUGCACAGAACACUCCUCGCAGAAUGCGAAAUGAGCUCAAACCCCAGCCAAGGAAAGAUGUGGCUAAAAUAACAUUUGACCUGUACAAGAACAACCCUCAGGAUUUCUUUGGCUGUCUGAAUGUGAAGGCCACCCUUUAUGCCAUCUAUUCUGUCUCCUACGACAUGCGCUGCUACGAUGCCAAGAAGAUGCUGAAAGUGAGUGACCUGGAGGCUCUGAGAUGGACCCUGUUCUCCAUGCAGGCCACAGGCCACGUCCUCCUGGGGUGCUCCUGCUACAUCGAGCAGCUCCUGGACGAGGAUGACCGGGCAGACAGGGGCCUGCCACCACUGCCACAGGAAGGCAAGAUCAAACAACUACAGAGCAUCCUGAUGGGCACGACUGCUGUGAUGGGCAAGACUGUUGUUUGACCUAUUCCAAUACUAUUAACAUGCAUCCUUCCCUUCUGCCUAAUAAUCACCCAUCUAAGUUGAUUGUGCAGGUGAAAGAGAAAGUUCCACCACAUAGCUUGCAUCUGUCCAGUAAUGGCAGAUUAGUGGUCAUUUCAUGGAAUGGAGAAAAGAAGAAUAGAUGGAUUUUCAGGAUAUUCAAACAGGGAAUUGACUGUGCUAAAAAAAAAAAUGGGUACAUAGUGUUGCAUCACUCUGAUGAUGUCAUGGUUACUGCGGCAGGUACACGCCUUUUGGUUAGGUCACUCCUCUAGAUUGACUUUUGUGACAGGAAAUGCUAUGUUGUCCCACACUAUGUAAAUACCUGGCUGCAGUCACUUGUGCUUUGUUACAUAUGUUUGUGUAUAUGGCUUGCAACACCCCACAAGCAAAUGCCUACUUUUCUAUUGCAGUGACUGCUUCUGGACUGUACUUUAAACUGAUAUUCAUAUUAAUAAGCAAA